AUGGAGUUGGAAGAAAUUGCUCCGUCGAAUGGCGAGCAUGCAGCCCCCACUCUCAGCAAUGAGCAACUAGAUUCCCCCGCAGUGGCCAAAAUGACAGACAACGAGAUUAUAAAACUCUCAACAUGGAAGUUUUGUACCAUUGUGAUUUCAUUGUGCUCGGCAUGUUUCCUAGCAGGUUAUGAUUCGACGUGUGUUGGCACGCUUGGACCCACCAUCAGCGAUGAAUUCAGCUCUCUCAACGACGUUAGUUGGUACGGAAUCGCAUACUCUCUCGCAUCCUGCGCGACAGUCCUUAGUUUUGGGAAGCUCUAUUGCUUCUACUCCGCGAGGAUUGUUUUCGCGUCUGCUCUAGCGGUUUUCGUCAUUGGCUCCAUCAUCUGUGCUACAGCGCAGUCCUCGAUUGCCUUCAUUGUGGGAAGAGCAGUAGCUGGAUUGGGUAAUGCAGGAAUCUUUUCCGGUUGCAAUAUCAUUGCCGCCAGAAUCAUUCCUCUUCGGUGGAGACCAUUCUAUCAGAGUUUCAUCGGAAGCAUGGAAUGUAUUGCACUGGCAACGGCGCCUCUGAUAGCGGGUGCUAUUGCCGAUGUCGCUUCCUGGCGAGUUUGUUUCUGGAUUAGCGUCCCUCUUGGUGUCAUUCCAAUCCUCUCGGUGCUGUUCUUUCUUCGGAUGCCAAAGACAGAUAAGCAGGCGACUCAUUCGUCUCUUGCCAAGCUGCGACAACUUGAUCCCAUAGGCAUGGCCCUAUUCGUGCCGCUGGUCAUUUGCUUCACAUUGGCACUUCAAACGGGCGGGACAGAGUACCCAUGGAGCAGCAAGCAGGUUGUUAUACCGCUAGCCAUGACUGGAGCCCUGUUGGUGGCCUUUGUGUUACAACAGGCGUAUAUGCAAGAACAUGCGACACUUCCUGCUAGGCUACUAAAGUCUCGGAUUAUGCUUUCCAGUAUUGCGGUUAGCUUUGCCUGUUCAGGCGCACUUUUUGUUUUCACAUACUAUGUGAGUGGGAAAAUCUUCGUUGCACAGUAUAGAAAAGCUAAAUCUCCCCAGCUUCCCAUCUACUAUCAAGCGAUUCGUGACGUUUCAACAAUGGAGUCCGGGGUUAGAGAUCUCCCUCGAAUUCUCGGUCUUACUAUUGCCAUCAUUUUUGCCGGUGCAAUGACAACUAUGACAGGAUACUACAUGCCGUACAUGGUCCUCGGGGGCGUGCUGAUGUCCAUCGGUGCCGGUCUAACGACUACAUUCAACACGACCACAUCUCUCGCCCACAUCAUUUCAUUUCAAGCCAUCUUCGGCCUUGGUUGUGGUUUCGCCUGGCAGCAACCUUAUAUAGCAGUUCAGGCCUCUACGCCUGCAUCCGAUGUGCCAUCCGCGAUCGUGGUACUCACCUUUGGGCAGCUUCUUGGAGGUGUGGUCAUGCUUGCGAUUUCGCAGAACAUAUUUGCCAUAGAGCUGAUUUCUGGGCUUGCCGCCAAAGUACCUGGGCUUGACGCUAACCUCGUUCUAAACUCUGGUGUACUGAGCCUAAGAGAGGUUAUCCCCGCGAAGUAUCUCGUGGAUGCCUUGGGGGUGUACAAUGAUGCUCUUGUGAAGGUAUUUUAUACCGGUAUGGCGGUUGCUUGUGUAACCACAUUCGGUGCGUUGGGAUCGGGAUGGAGAUCAGUGAAGCAGGCCGAUAAAACCAAAUAA